UUGAGGGUCACUGCUGCUUGAGUAUUCCUAUCUUGGGCGUCGUGUAGACUGUAUCCCGUCAAUUUCUCUUGUAUCACUGGAUGUCGGAAAAAACUGAGGGGCCUAACGAGAACAAUGGCGGUCCUCAAAAUAGCAAGCGGAAAUUGAACGUGAGGGCGCGAGUUUGGCGGGCAUGCGAGGUCUGUAGGAAACGGAAGGUCAAAUGCAACGGUCAGGAGCCGUGUGCAUACUGUGUGUCUUCAGGCAAGAUAUGCAGCUUCAAGGAUAUCAACGACAAUGCAGCGGUCGCCCGGCAGCAGGCGAACACCGUCGAUUCAAGACUAGCAAAGGUGGAGGAGAGCCUGGAGAAGUUGCUACCCAUUACGAAGGCUUUCGAAGCAUGGAUGCGGCAGCACCCCCAACAAUUUCCCCUUCCCAACAGUGAUCCCAGUUCUUCUCAGCCUUCACAGAACUCCCACAAGUCCACACCCGAGCCAUUACACCCUCGCGUACCAUAUCGUCCAUCUGCGGCAAUUCAGCAUCUCUCUCGUUAUCCAUCAAGUGGCUCUGUUCUGAGCCCUACCGCCGCAUCUGAGAUCAUGGAUGAAGAUAACGAAGGCCCGGAGCAAUGGUCGGACAGAUUCUCUCACCUCACGAAAGAUAGUUAUGGAAAUCUGCGGUAUACAGGAGGCACAUCCACCUUCAUGCUUGUUGAGGCAUUAACGACACUACAAGACUCCGCCAGCGACGCUUCUCCGGACUCUCAAAACUCCAACAAAAGCGCCGACAUUACCCUUCCAUUUUUCGAUCCUUCGGGACGCUUCAGAGUACAGGAGGCAUUACCGCGCCCGGAAGAUAUCGUCUAUCCUUCACCCGAACGAGCCGACGAGCUCGUAUCCCUCUAUUUCACGCGCAUACAUCAUACUUUUCCAAUACUUCACCAACAUGUAUUCCUGGAACGCUAUACUAAGACCAUGUCGGCCAAGGCCGCUGGUAAACCAUCCAAAGACUGCGCCUUUCUAGCCUCUCUAUUCGCAGUAUUUGCCUGCGGUGCAUGUAUCUCGAAGAAAGGGAAAACCAAUGAUCCUCAAAUGUCGCGGUUUGGCGGAAUGGAGUACUAUGAGAGAGCCCAGCUUCUCUUUUGGACCAGCGCUGGCUUAUCUCAAAUUGAACUGGUACAAUGCGUUGCCCUUCUGGCUAUCUGUAACGCGAACUGGAACACUCUUGCCCAAAGUUGGAUCAACGCUGGCCAAGCCGUCCGCAGAGCGCAGGAUAUGGGGCUUCACCGCUCAUCGCGGCGGUCCUCUUUGCCUCCUUUCGAGAAGGAGAUGCGCAGGCGGGUGUGGUGGUGUGUCUAUGGUAUUGAUCGUGUUCUUUCUAUCGCACUAGGGAGACCAAGCGGCGCCCAUGACGAUGACUGUAAUGUCGAAAUGCCGGCCGAGCUCGACGAUGCUCAGCUCCUUGCGUCUGUCGAAGGUGCCAAUAUCGUGAAGACAGGGGAAUCAUUUAUGACAGGCUUUGUUGCACUUCUUGAAAUAUACAUCAUAGCGGGCAAAGUCAUGCGUUUUGUGCACUCUCUGCAAAUUAAUGACUCUCUAAGCGAGCAAACACGAAAAACAGUUACUGCUAUUGAUGCCGAGCUAACCCAUUGGUUGAAUCGUUUACCUUCAACCGUUCGGUUUGCCGCAAACAACCGACAAAAUCCCAAGAUGCUGACGCUAUGCCUCAUCAUCUUCUUUGUGUAUUAUUCCGCUGUCAUAGACUUGCAUCGACCUUUCAUCCCUGACGGAACCUCUUUAUCUCCUGAUUUGACCUCGUUAGGUCAGUGUAUGAGUGCCGCACGAUCCUGUAUCAAGAUAGGUGAAAUAGCGCAAGAGAUGCUUCCGACUUCGCACCAUUUGGCGUUCGCGGUCCAAUUUAUUACACUGAGCGGCAUAACCCUUCUUCGUUGCGUCUAUUACCUGAAUCACCAAGAACUUGUUUCUGCCAUCAUCACUGACGCCGAGAAAUGCGUCAAAAUUCUCGACAAAAUGCAGGAAAUAUGGCCUGCAUCUAAGCGCUGCGGUGAAAUCGUAUCCGACUUGUUGGUAAUGGUAAAGACGAGAUUGUAUGGUGGUUCGUCUGCAAUCGAGGAUUUACAAGCCGCGCAACAACAUGCACAAUCACAGUCGUCUAAGAACCAGGAACGAUCCGAACCGUUGAGGUCAGUUGCUCUUGUGCGUUGAUAGCGCAGUCAUUGACUGGUCAUCUCCCAAACCAGUUCAACGGCGUCAACGUCGCGGGGAAAACGGAAGAGAUCCGAUGCCGAAGGUGCUUCCCCGCAACGAAAUCGUGUCAAUGGGAACGCGUGGGAGAAUGGCAUGGCUUCAUCCUC